AUGACUAUGAUCAAGAGUACUACCUAUAUCAUUCUAGCGAUUUUUGUAUUGAUUUGUGCAUCGAUUGCAUUUCUCGUGUCCGUUGGAGUACUUUCUCUCGUUGUAUUCCAUCGACAACGAACUCUUUUAUCAUGCUUAACAUGUAUGCUUACAACCUGUUUGGUGAUCUACGUGAGAAUAUUUCGUUUGUUGCCGAUUGGUGGUGUUAUGGACGUGCUUAUCUACUGUAUGUUUCAUUCGUAA